CACAACAGACAGACAGAAUAUCAAUGACGUGUAAACAUUCGUUUUAUGUCCGAAAAAAAGAUGAAAAUUAAUCAUUUUGACUGACAAGCCCGUUUAUUUCGCAGAAUGCUUUUCCAUUUUUCCCAUGUAUUUCAGAUAAUACCUAAACAAAGUUACAGUGGUGGACAGCGGACAAAUAUAUUCACCGUCAAGACAGAAUGAGUGGACGUAGCGUGGACAGAGCAGUCUAUGGCUUAGUGCUUGAAGAAAGCUGGAUUAUAUAUCGCAAAGUGAAAUACUUGAAGUGAAAAUACGGACCUGACGGACGCACGGUCACAGGCAUGAUCAUGGGCUCCUGGGAAGAGAAUUUGGGUCAGUCGAAUCGUUCCGUGUUGGGGCUUGAAGGGCCAUCAGACAUAUCCAGUUCCCUCUUCAAUCUCAGCAGCAGUUAUGGGGGCACAGGGGCUUUUCUCUGGCUCUUUCCAUCAGAGAACGUAACAUGGACCACCACAAGGCCGACGAUGCAGCCUGUGGCCCCUCCACGAGUGCGGGACCAGGCCUUGGCCCGAGCUGAGAUUAGCGUGCUGGGACUGGUGCUGGCCCUCACAGCUCUGGGUAACGGGUUUGUGUUGUGGGUACUGCUGCGCAGGAAGAAACAUCAUGCACCCAUGCACCUUUUCAUGAUCAAUCUUUGUGUGGCCGACCUCGUGGUGGCUUUAUUUCAGGUUUUGCCACAGUUGGUGUGGGACAUUACCGAACGCUUUCAGGGCCCCGACGCUCUGUGUCGCUCUGUGAAGUACUUACAGAUUGUCGGGAUGUUUGCGUCCUCCUACAUGAUUGUUGCUAUGACUGUGGAUAGGCACUAUGCCAUCUGCUGCCCCUUGCAGGCAUAUCGGGGAGGCGCGCCCUCUCGCUGGAACACAUCCAUUGUGGUCGCAUGGGGCUUGGCUCUGGUUCUAAGUUUACCACAGGUUUUCAUCUUCUCACGGUCAGAGGUGGCCCCUGGGGUGUUUGAAUGCUGGGGUCAUUUUGCUGAGCCAUGGGGACUUAAAGCAUACGUUACCUGGAUGACUGUUUCUGUAUUCAUAUUACCAGCUUUAAUCAUCACUGUCUGUCAGGUGCGCAUUUUCAGGGAGAUCCAUGACAAUAUCUACCUGAAGUCGGAGCGGUUGGUGACAGCGGAAUUUAAGAAGAGCUCCGUAUUCUUCAGCUUUGCUCAUCGGGAGGGUUGCAGGGGAAGGGUCAGAGAUAGAACCAGACAAAGCAGACACAGCCAUCACAUUGACAGCGGUGUCAGCCAAGCACGAUGCAGCCCAUCUCAUUCCUCUUCCCCUCCAGAAGACCUCCAAAACUUGCACAGUAACUACACUCAGACCCCAGCCUGGAGGAACUCUAUCUGCGAGCCCUGCUUAGGACCACUCCCCUCUUCCGAUAGCCCCUCCCCUUCCAUCACACCCCACCUGCAAGACUCUCCUGCCAACAAUGCCAACCACAUCCCUGAAACCGUCCAUUCUCAAUCGUUGGCUGCCAAUAGCGUGGGCACAAUAUCUAGUGCUAAUUUUUCAUUGGCUGGACAAUUGAACAUGUCUGGGGCUUCUGAGAUGAUGCUUCCGGAUGUGCUUCCAGAUGCUACGGCUAUUCCUCUUCAUGCUGAGUACUCGCAUCCGCCACCUCUACCGGGUGUGACUAAAGCCAUGUCCAAGACGGUCAGGAUGACUCUUGUCAUCGUACUGGUCUACACCAUCUGCUGGUCUCCUUUCUUUAUUGUUCAGUUAUGGGCAGCAUGGGACCCCAACCCACCUGAUCAAGGUGCUGUCUUCACUAUCCUGAUGCUACUGGCCAGUCUGAAUUCCUGCACUAACCCGUGGAUCUACACAGCCUUCUCCAGCAGCGUAUCACGUGAGCUGCUCGGCCUGCUGCGCUGCAACACCACGCUAUCUCCACGCCGAGGUUCCCUGCCGGACGACUCCACCACCACGCACACGUCCACCACCACAAAGGACUCCAACUUCUGACCUCCACCUACUCUGGAACAAAUGCAUACAUGCCGACACUCAGCUGAGGACCAUGAGAGCAACUGACAUGCUGGUUAAAAACACAGCAAACUCAAAAAUCAGAUUCAGGUACCUGCCGAAAACACAAUCUGAACUUCAAGUGCUGCAACGUAAAGAUAGCAGUCAGGUACUUAGACUGAAUUGUGUGGCUUGUAGACACAGUGAUAUUCAUCCACAUUUCACAUGUUAUCAGACUGGAGUGAUGUGUGAAUGCUGAUGAACACCUUGUGAAGCCCAGCUUAUCAAGACUGAGGAAGAGGAAGGAAGCAAAGGAUCCGAGAUUCAUCCCUACAUUCCUUUUAUAUCUCAGCUGAAUGGUCUCAAAGAUUUGGGUCAAGGGAUUAUAUCAGACGUUAUAGCACAAAGGAAAAGUGCAAAAUGCUGUGGCUGGGACAGAAAACAAAAUGCGAUCAAUAAAUGGACGAAAGGUUAUCUUGCUGUACUUCGAACAUUUGCAGAAGACCAGUGGCAAGGUCAUACAUUAUGAGAAGAGGCAGCUUUAGAUGCUGUGAUUUAUGAAACAGUGCGUUCUGUUUUUCUGGUACACAUAGAUAAAUUAUAAAUAGAUGGUGAUUAGUUUAGACUACGGAUUAUUUGAACACAGGAUAUUAAAACAUUAGAAGUGCUGACAGUUUCAAAAGGAAGGUGGUACAACGGGAGUAAAUCUACUGUAUGUUUAACAACCACAUUGCACAGUUGUCAAUGAAUCCCAUCGUCUGUUUUAUUAAACAUGUCACUUUAAACUGAUUUAAUUUUCCAAAGAAUACACUACACUGUAAAAAAUCAACUUAAAACAUAAAUUAAAAAGCUUCAUUUAAUGUUUACAUUAAAUCAAAUAAACUUUAUUAGUUAGUUGAACUUAAUUAUAUUGAACUGGUUUUUUUAAAUCUUGUUGUAUUUUACAACUGCAGUCCGUUCAGUAUAAUUUAAAGGUCCAGUCAGUGAAAUCUAGUGGCAAUGUUGCGAAUUACAACCAUCCGCUCACUCCACCCCUCCCUUUCGAAACACUGCGAUGGCUGAUAGAACAUGGCGAACUACAUGCGAGGGGACCCGCGGUGUAUGUAGCUAAAAUAGCUCAUUCUAAGAUGAUAAAAACAUAACGCUUCACUGUGUAUGCUCUUUAUACAUCUCUCAAGGCAUAGCUAUAUUAUAUUGCAUUUCUGUCUAUAGAUCAUCCCAAAAAUUACACACUGGACCUUUAAGUUUCUUUGAUUUAGCUUUUAAAUUUAAGGCUGCUCAAAUUUGUGAUUCUUUUUCUACUGUGUUGUGUGUGAAUAGAAGCCAAUAACACAUAUGUAUCCUGACAGUCUUGUUUAAACAUCUCUUAGAAAAACCAGAUGAACAGAUUUUUUCUUUUUGUAUGUUUGGGGGAGAAUCAUUUACUACAGAUGAAUUAAAACACGUAUAUAUAAAAUUGUAAAGGAGGCGACAUUCCAAGAGAGACGAUAUUUGUACAUUGUGUAUAUAUCCAUUUCAAAAACAUGAUGAAGAAAUAGUGCUUAAAUAUAUCUCUGUAUACACUUACCAAAUUCACUUCACUCGAAACCACAGGCGUGUCACUCUUCUAUCUCUACCUCUGAUGUUUGUUUGAUUUGUGUUAAAACAGAUUUUAUUGCUUUGCAGUUCAGGAACUUUUACAUGCUUCAGUAAAUUAUUUGUACAGAAAACCUCAACUUUUAAGUGCCUUAUUAAAUUAAAUCUAACAAACAUUUAUGUUCAUAACUUGGGUCAGUGCAUAUAUGAAUUCAGCAUUUGUGUAUGCCAAAGCUCAUCAAAGGUUCAUUUCAAUUUUACUUUCAUUUUCUAAUCCACCUCUUUAAAUUAUUAUUAGAAAUGUGACAAUGCACGGUGUUGUUCCUGUACAAUUUGGUCAACUGACAUUUUUGUUCUUAGUAACAUUUAUUUAUUGAUUGUCGGCCGGAUGAUCUGUUCAUUUAACUGUAAACUACUAAGUAAAUACUAGUAAGUAUAGAUUAAACAA